UCUUGGUUUACAGAAUUAUAUCACUUCAUACACAACAAAUAGAGAAAUCAUCAUCAUAAUAUGGAACCCUCAUUAUUGGUCUUGGUCUCCAUAGCAAUAUUUGUUUAUUUGCUAUUGUCUUGGUUCUUCCUAGUCCAAAAACUAAAAGGUCCAAAGACAUGGCCAUUAGUGGGUAGUAUUCCAGAAAUGUUAUUUAACAAAGGAAGAAUCCAUGAAUGGACCACAGAUCACCUACUUGCAAAUACAGGCACAUAUCAAACAUAUGGUAUUUUCAUACCUUUUCUGCAGAAUUGGAGACGAACUUUUUCCACUGUUACAUGUCAUCCACAAAAUUUGGAACAUAUUCUUCGAACUCGUUUUGAUAAUUAUCCAAGAGGGCCAACUUGACAAAACACCUUUGGCGAUGUUAUAGGGAAUCAAGGUAUAUCCUAUGUUAAUGGUGAAGAGUGGAUUUUGCAAAGGAAAAUAGUGGUUCCUGAAUUAUCAAAAUUGAAGCUUGGUCAUGCACUAUAUCGUUGGCUAAAUCCAGCGAUCAAGAAUGGUUUAUUACCAAUCUUAGACAAGGCUUCAAAACAGAACAUUUCAGUAGACUUACAAGAUUUAAUGAUUCGUUUUGGCACUGAUAACAUUUUUGGACUUACUCUAGGCAAAAUUUUGAAUAUUUUAACCAUAGAACUUCCUGAGGAUAAUAAAAUUGCACUUGCCAUGGAUACAACUCUAAAAUCAGUUUUCAAAAGAUUGUUCUACCCCAAUUUCAUGUGGAAAUUUAUGAGAUUUUUGUCCAUUGGAUCUGAAAAAAGCCUAAAGAAAAGCCUCCACAUUUUGAACAAUUACAUAACUGAGGCACUAGAUGAACGUGUAAGUAGAACAAAAACUUCUAAUUCAAAUACUGAUGAUCUAUUAUUGGCAUUCAUGAAAAAAUUGGAAGCAAAUGGACACAUUUUGCAGAGGACUGCUAUUAAGAGUACAAUUCUUGACAUUUUAUUAGCGGGACGAGAUUCUGUUGCUACAUGUAUUAGUUGGUUUUUUUGGCUCGUUAUGAACAACCCACACGUUGAAAAAAAGAUCGUGGAUGAAAUUAUAGUGGUGUUAAGGAAAACUCGAGUAGAAGACAUGACCGGCUCUAAGCUGCUGGGAGAAGACACACAAAAAUGGAUGGAAGAGCCAUUGUCAUAUGAAGAAAUCAAUAGUUUGGUUUAUCUUCAUGCGACCUUGCUAGAAACACUACGUUUAUAUCCUUCAGUUCCGAGAAUUGUGAGGUAUGCGAUAUCUGAUGAUAUUCUUGCAGAUGGAACUUACGUACCAGCUGGUUCAGACAUCAUUUUAUCAAUAUACUCCGUGGGAAGAAUGAAAUCCGUAUGGGGAGAAGAUUGUUUGGAAUUCAUACCAGAACGAUGACUCUCUGCAGAUAAAACAAGAAUCGAAAGGCCUGAAGAUGGGUACAAGUUUGCAGUAUUUAAUGGGGGAUCAAGAACAUGCAUAGGGAAAUACUUAACAUUUCUUGAAAUGAAAUCUGCAGCUUCAGCUAUAUUACUUCGUUACAAAUUAUCUCCAGUUCUUGGUCAUCAAGUUGUGCCUAAACUCUUCUUCACCCUAUCCAUGAAAAAUGGGCUUAAAGUGAACUUGAAACGUCGCGAUCUUGGCACUAUAUAAUUUAAGUCUUUAUGAAUGAAAAGAAACAAUAAACAUCACUUGGAUGGUAGUUAGGUAAAUUAGUUGAGUGACUUUUUCGUUACACAAAAUAUAGCUUAGUGACUUUGGUUGUAUAAAGUGAAAGUUGAUUAGUCAUCCAUUUCUCUUCCUUAAAAGUAUGGUUUGCUAUAUUGUAGUCUCAUGUAUGUGUAAUAAAAAUAAUAGCUGUUUACUUAAUGUUUUGAGAGUAUAAAGUGACAGGCUAUUAAAAGACA